AUGUCGACUCCCACAACGGCCACAGCGACAUUGCCUCCUCAUUCGCAUUACCAUCAUCCCCAUUAUCCCUACUCACAUCAGCCGUACCAGGCCUCUACUGCUACCGGCUCUUCGUACCGACAGCCAGCCAACCCAAUCCUCUCAACUUCCUCAUCCACAGCAACGACGAGAUUGCCUCCCGCAUACGCCAACUCGUCGAGCAUCGCCUAUUCUGCAACCUCUACUGCGAGUCACGCCGGCCCAAAUGGCCUAGGCCCUUCAGCCUCGUCAGCCAGUUCGAGGACCAUUCACGACGUCUCGAGUCCCGACGCGAACUACUCGCUCACCACCAACUCCACCAUGCCUGCCACCAGCUCACUCUCCCAGUCCUCUCAGUCCGCUCGCAAGCGAAGACGAUCAAAGGAGCCUGACUGGAACAAAUUUUAUAAGAAUGGCCUGCCCAAGGAAAUCAUCGUCAUCGAUGAUACCCCAGAGCCAGAGCAGGGCAAAGCCGUCGGCAACGGCGUAAGGGUCGUCUCCAAUGGUAACGGCACCGUGAACGGCGCCACCACAAAUGGUGCCAGCAGCCGACCUGUUCCCAAGAAGAGGAAAAGAGACGACGAGCCUCAGCACUACGAUCCCGUCUAUCACAACAAGUACGCCGGUUCUCACACUACCACUCCUCAUCACAACGGCACCCCCAGCGGAUCGACUAUAUCAACCGACCGCACUACAAACUCCGCCAUCCACACCACCGCUGCCACGUCCCUCUCUUCAAAUGGACACGAGUACUACGAUGCUCAACCUGGUCAGAAGCGUAAGAGAACCCGUCAACAGAUUGCUCAAGAGGCAAAGAAGAGAGAGGUCGAGGGCCUCGGCGAUCCAUUCCUUACCUACAAGCCGCCUCCUUACCCUCCCAAGAAAGCACCCGACGUUCACGUUCGGUUGGUUCAGGAUCAGGGUUACAACAAGAAUGCCAAAGUCGACGAUGAUGAUGGACACUACAUUGUCGUUCCUGACGCCGACCUUACGGAUAAGUGUAUGUUGAACACACUCAAUCUGAUGAACCACCAGGGACUAACCUUCAAUGCAGACCAGAUGGUGAAGCUACUCGGGCAAGGGACGUUUGGCAAAGUCGUCCAGGCUCGAGACCGUAAGAGAAACAAGUCGGUGGCCAUCAAAAUUAUUCGGUCUGUCCAAAAAUACCGAGAUGCCUCGCGAAUAGAACUCCGAGUUCUCGCAACACUCAAGGCCAACGAUGACGAAAACCGCAAUCGCUGUAUCCACCUCAGGGACUGUUUCGACUACCGCGGCCACAUUUGCAUCGUCAUGGACCUUCUUGGCCAAAGCGUUUUUGAUUUCCUCAAGAGCAACAGUUUCGUCCCCUUCCCCAACAGCCAGAUUCAGAGCUUUGCUCGACAGCUCUUCACCAGCGUUGCCUUCUUGCACGAUCUCAACCUCAUCCACACUGAUCUGAAGCCUGAGAACAUUCUUUUGUGCGACAGCGCCUACCAGACCUUCACCUACAACCGAAAGAUACCCUCCUCUUCUACAACCGUCAACCGGCAGGCGAAUCAGCGCAGAGUACUGCUCGACACGGAAAUUCGCUUGAUUGAUUUCGGCAGUGCCACUUUCCAAGACGAAUACCACAGCUCCGUCGUCAGUACCCGUCAUUACCGAGCGCCAGAAAUCAUUUUGGGACUUGGGUGGUCAUUUCCCUGCGACAUCUGGAGCAUAGGAUGCAUAUUAGUCGAGUUCUUCACCGGCGAUGCCCUUUUCCAAACACACGACAACCUCGAGCACCUCGCAAUGAUGGAAAUGGUCGUUGGGCAAAGGAUAGACUCCAGCCUCGUCCAAGCUGUGAACAAGAUGGCUACUAGAAGUGGUGGAAACCCCGCCUCGAAGUACUUCAAGCGCUUGAAACUUGACUAUCCUACACCCGAGACAACACGAGCUUCCAAGAGAUUCGUCAAGGCUAUGAGACGAUUGGAGGAUAUCAUCCCAUCGAACUCAACCUACUUCAAGAACUUCCUGGACCUCCUUCGGAAGAUCUUUGUCUACGAUCCCCAGCAUCGCAUUACAGCGAAGCAGGCAUUGCAACAUCCUUGGUUCAAGGAACCAGCGACACCGGACGAUGGUACGGAAGCGGCCAAGAUCCGCCUAGAGCGAAUGAGACAGGAGGGGGAUCACCGAUACCACGCAUGA